UGGGAGGCAACAUGGCUGCGUCGAAGCGGAAGGUGCUCAGGGUGGCGGAGAAGAAGAAGCCACUUCCUGUAACAGUGCUAUCAGGCUUUCUUGGAAGCGGGAAGACGACGUUGCUGCGGCACAUUCUCCAGUCACCCGACCACGGUCUGCGUAUUGCCGUUAUAGUGAAUGAUAUGGCAGCCGUGAACGUCGACGGCAACCUCAUUGCCCGAGAAUCUAAUUCCUCGAAAUCGAGGAGCGGCGAGCAUCCCGCGCAGCGCGUCGUCAAAGAGAAAGUCAUUCAGAUGCAGAACGGUUGUAUUUGUUGCACUUUGCGGGAGGAUCUACUCACUGAGCUCGCGCGCCUGGCGUGGAGCGAGCAGAGCUUUGACCAUGUGGUCAUCGAAAGCUCUGGCAUCAGCGAGCCGCAACAGGUUGCGGAGACAUUCACGGCGGAGCUGACAGAAGCGAUUGUGGACGCAGAAGGAAUGGAAACGGAAGAGCGCGAGACUUUCUUGCAAGUCGCUAAAAUCGGCGGCCUCAAGUCCAUCGCCACCGUCGACACCAUGGUCACGGUCGUCGACGCCUUCCGCUUUUUCGCAGAGUUCGACACCGCCGAGUUCCUGCAGGACCGCUUCGGCAAAGAUGAUGUCCCCGAGGAAGACCAGCGCACUAUCUCCGACCUGUUCGCCGAUCAGCUCGAGUUCGCUAACGUCAUAAUCGUCAACAAGGUCGACAUGGUGGACCGCAAGACGCUGGGUCGUGUGCGUGCAUACGUUAAGACGCUGAACCCUACGGCGAAAGUCAUCGAGGCGAAGUAUUCUAAAGUCAAUGUCAAGGAGAUCCUGAAUACGGGGCGGUUCGACUUUGCAGAGGCGGUUGCGAGUCCUGGGUGGUUGAGGAGCUUGCAUGAGAUGACUGUGAUGGAUGUACAUGGGAAGAAGCGCGUGGCGCCGAAGCCGGAGACACUCGAAUAUGGCAUCGGCAGCUUCGUGUACCGCGCUCGAAGACCCUUCGAUCCGCUAAGGCUAUACCGCGCAUUGGAAGGCAAGUUUUUCCUGCUCCAGGAUGAAGCCGACGAGAAUGAGGAUGAGGAAAUGAGCGACGAUGUAGACGAGGGCAGCAGCAACCUCGAGCACUCAGACAGCGCCAGCGAAGCCAGCGACGACCCUCCCGCCAUAGACCCCAGCGAGAUCCUCGCCAACAAAAAGGCCUGCUCGCUUUUCCAAGGCCUACACCGCAGCAAAGGCAUCUUCUGGCUCGCGACGCGCCCCAGCCAGAUGGGCUCGUGGAGCACCGCCGGUGCGAUGCUAACACUUGGCUCUGAGAUGCCAUGGUUCUGCACCGUUUCUGAGGACCAGUGGAUGGCUGACGAGCACACGCUGAAAAAUAUCAAAUUGGAUUUUGAAGGCGAAUGGGGUGAUCGCCGGCAGGAGCUCGUGCUUAUCGGGGAGAAGCUGGACAUGGAGGGGCUGACGAAGAUGUUGGAUGGUUGUUUGCUGAGUCGGGCGGAGAUGCGCAAGUGGGAGGGCGUGAUGCAUGAUAGCAAGCUGAGUGAGGAAGAGAAGGAAGAGAGGUUGCAGGACAUCUGGGAUGACAGCUAUUGGGCCGAAUGGGGACGGGCGGUAGAUGAAGAGCAUGACCAUUCGGGGCAUGACCACACGCACUGAUGAGGGCAAUGGAAGGAUGCGCGUGCUAUCGUUGUAGAAAUCUUGAACUUGUGACGGCAAGUUUCUCUCCUGAGGUGC